ACUUUUAUAUAGAGGAACGCACUUAACAAGUUUGAUUUAAAAUAAAAUUAUAAUCUUUGAAAAUAAUUAUUAUUCAGUUUUUUUUCAGGAGUCCGGGAAUUUAUAAUUAUUAUUUUAGAAACAUAAAUACAUAAAAAUCAUUAAAUACAGCAAGGAUAGAAAUCGUUAACUUUACUAGUCCGUUCAGAUUUUUUAUACAAAUAAUCAAUAUAUCUAGAUUAUCGAAAAUGGUGUGCGGUGACAGUACGAUAAUCGCUAAAGUUGCGAUGAUAGUGAUGAUAGUUAGUGUGGUGUGUAGUACAAUAGCGAUAUUUACACCGUAUUGGAACGAGACGGAGGGUGCCAAUGGGGACAAGAUUUACACAGGGUUAGUGGUGCAGUGUAACAAUACUCUAGGAGUGUGCGUCAGUGUACAGGACAUUCUUGAUAAAUAUGGAAACUCACAAUACUACACAGACCAGCUAUGGACUCUAUCACUUGCUAUGAUUGGCUGGGUGUUUUCUAUAGCGGCAAUGGUGGUUCUUAUAGUGUACGCAUGUUUGCCGAACAAAAUUACAGCAAUUGUUGCUAUCAUCUUAUGUUUCUUAGCAGGUGGAUGUAUUAUAGCUGCAAUAAUUAUUUACGGAGUUGGGUUCGACUCGCUGGUGAAUUCAACUCUCGGCUGGUCAUUUGCUCUGGACGCUGCAGCAGGAGGUUUGGCGCUCGUUGCCAUGGUUAUCGUCAUAGUAAACUCCUGCCUCAUACCUUAGGAGAGAAGACAGUUAAUGAUAUAAACGACAGUGUGGAAAUAUGCCUCUUACACCAUUGCGCAAUGGAAUAAGCGUAAACUCUUUAACAACGUGUUUAAAGGUUAAAAGAUUAUGUACACGGGAUAAGUUGUCUUUUUUUGUAUCAGAAAAAAGGCAUUAUAUGACAUAUUGAAACACGUGUUUCAAUUACAUAAGCGACACAUGUGUUAAUUUUUAAAAGAGUUGUUCAUAGUGUCCCAACGUUGCACAAUAACUUUUUUUAUGUGUCGACACAUAUUUCAUCUGAUUAUUCUCUGUAGAUUAAUUAUACGCAUUUGCUUUCCCUGAUUUGAUUGGCAACAAACGAAGAAAAUCAACAAAAGUGUUCAACCCUCCUCAAACUAGUUUAUAACAAGUAAUGUUCCUCAGUUGUGUAUAAUAAUAGCAGCUCUCCUUCAAUUGGAGGUCUAAUCGACGUUCUUUGCCGGUCUUUUAAUUGUGACCGGAGACCGUCGAUUUAGGCACCGUAUAAUAUCUAUUUAUGUUUCUUAUUUUGAAUGUUUUAUAAAAAAAACUGACACGUAUGGUUCAUGAAUGAAGCUGGCGAAAAUUCCGUAACUUA